UGCAAGUUUCUGCACAGCACAGAUGCACAUCCUCUGAUAACGCUGGUCUGAAACUUUUUUUCUGUUCGCCUUUGAGGUAGCGGACGCUGUGCUCUGUAUUGGCUUCACGCAGAAGCCCUUGGAGCGGGGUGAUGAAUGUGGAUCUAUCCGCCCUUAUCCAACGGGGCGCAUUUUUCGGAAGACAUUUUCAAGUAACAACGCUUUUUGUCCUGCAGUGAGGCACCGGCUGAGUCUACGCGAAGAAAGAAAAUAAGAGAAGAAAAGGUGCGACUGCCUGUUGACAGAAUGCAGGCUUUAUUUACAGUUCUAAACCCUGUUCUUUUCCUGAUUAUCUUCGGAUUAUAUCCUUCUAUGACUAUCGGGCCAAAGGAAGGCUGGCAGGUGUAUAGUUCUGCCCAGGACGCAGACGGACGCUGCAUCUGCACCGUGGUGGCACCAGAACAGAGCCUGUGUUCCAGAGAUGCCAAGAGCAGACAGCUACGCCAGCUCCUGGAAAAGGUUCAAAAUAUGUCCCAGUCCAUCGAGGUGCUGAACCUUCGCACACAGAGGGACUUUCAGUAUGUGAUCAAGAUGGAGACUCAGAUGAAGAGCCUGAGAACCAAGUUCAGGCAAAUUGAAGAUGACAGAAAAGCCAUCAUGGCCAGGAAUUUCAAGGAGCUGCAGGACAAGAUGGAUGAGCUGCAGCCACUUAUCCCCGUCCUGGAGCAGUACAAAACAGAUGCCAAGCUCAUCUCGCAGUUCAAAGAGGAGAUCCGCAACCUAUCGGCCGUGCUGAUCAGCAUCCAGGAGGAGAUUGGCGCUUACGACUAUGAGGAGCUCUACAGCCGUGUGGUCAGCCUGGACAGUCGCCUGCGAAACUGCAUGAAUAAACUGACGUGUGGGAAGCUAAUGAAAAUCACUGGCCCUGUGACGAUAAAGACGUCUGGAACGAGAUUCGGUGCAUGGAUGACUGACCCGCUGGCAUCCAGCAAGAACAAUCGAGUUUGGUACAUGGACAGCUACACCAAGAGCAAGAUUGUCCGCGAGUACAAGUCCUUGGUGGACUUUGUAUCCGGGCUGGAGUCGCGGACCUAUUACCUGCCGUACAAAUGGGCCGGGACCAACCACGUGGUGUACAACGGCUCGCUGUACUACAACAAGGAGCAGAGCAACAUCGUUGUGAAGUACAGCUUCGAGACGGGCCGGGUGCUGGCUCAGAGGGCUCUGGAGCACGCCGGCUUUGACAACGUCUACCCUUACACCUGGGGCGGCUCGUCCGACAUUGACCUGAUGGCCGACGAGCUGGGCAUGUGGGCAGUGUACGCCACCAACCAGAAUGCGGGCAACAUCGUCAUCGCCCAGCUGGACCCGGAAACGCUGGAGGUGCUCCGCACGUGGAACACAGAGUACUCCAAGAGGAACGCCGGCGAAGCCUUCAUGAUCUGCGGCACGCUCUACAUCACCAACUCGCACAUGACCGGCGCGAAGGUUUACUACUCGUACAACACCAAGACCUCCACGUACGAGUACACGGACAUCCCCUUCCACAACCAGUACUUUCACAUGUCCAUGUUGGACUACAACCCACGCGACCGAGCCCUCUACGGCUGGAACAACGGACACCAGGUGCUGUUCAACGUCACGCUGUUCCACGUCAUCAAGACCGAGGAUGACUCUUAAGGGGACUAGCAUUCACAACAGCCACGGGGCAUCGUUUGUGAUCAAGCAUUUUGUACAUUUUUCACAAUUCUUUUUUCUUUUUUUUACUGGUUUCGGAGAGCUUUCAUCACUUCAAAUGUGAUCUACGCAGUCUGUACAUUUUGAUGAACAGAAAACAUUGCCUUUUUAUAUUGGAUGGAACACCUGUAUGGAAUAGACAAGUAUAUGGCCAGAUGAUGGAACAUCUUCUAAUCAAAAGCAGAUCUUUUUAUUUCCAGAAACAUCCACUGCUGCUGAUUACAGUUAUGCCUUAUUUGCGAUAUUCACAUCUGAGAGCCUCUGGCUUCUGAUGACAUCCAUGCAUGAAUGUCUACAUUUUGCCAAGUAAUUUAUUUCAGAAAAGGUAUGUUUCUCAUAUGAAAUAAGUAUUUUAUUUAUUGUAGUGGAAAUUGCAAAUUUGUGAGGAAUAUAAUUCUGGCUGACUUCUAACUUUCUCCAAACUGGACAUUCAUUUUGUCAAUCUCAGACAUACUCAAAAGCAUAGUGCUUAUCUCUGACAGUGAAUCUGUGUACAAGACUGUAGUAACCAUUGUGUCCCUGUGAGAAUAAAGUUCAUAUUUUUAACAAAAAUA